UGUUUGGGGAGGGGGCCAGCCUGGAGGAGCUUCCUGCCGCCUAAUGCUCCACUUUCCCCCCAACUUUAGAGCCGAUCUUCGGGAAGGAGCAACAGUUUGGACGCGGAGCGGCUCCAGCCAGCGGAGGAUUGGCAGGAUUUAUGCGAAAACCAGGCGAGAAAGGAGAAAAAGAUGGUGGAAAAAGUGUGAGGAAAGAAGACGGAAGCACUUUUCUAAAAGAUGUUUCGGAAAAAGGCAUCGUCAUCUUUGAGGGUGACGAAGAUAACUGGAAACUCCACAUACAGGGGGCGUAGUUUGUCCUUCCACGAGGUCCGUUGCCAGCGGGAGAUGGAGAUGAGGGGCACAACUGAAGAGCCUUCUAAUAACAGCGUAUCAGGUGGUGGGAAUACAGUCCUCCAUCGUCUCUUGCAAGAACAGAUGAAUCGCAACUAUGUGCUCCAACAACAGCAACAAUCUGGAGGAGGGGUGGGUGGAGCAGCAGCGGGAGGAGGGGGUGGAAGUGGUUAUUCGGUACCAGGACAGGCAAGCUGUGACGAUCAUUCGGGGAGUGCUCAAAUUGCACGUCAAGAGCCCCAGGGACAGGAGCUUCAGACGGACAGUGGCCUGGAGAAGGUUGGCUCUCUCAGAGUUGGAGGGCAUGGGGGAGGUAGUGGAGGUGGGGGGUGUAUAGGCUCUUGUGGAGAUGCAGGGGGUAGUGGAGUAGGUGGGAUCCCCCAAGGACAGUGCCCAAACCUAGAAGAUCUGCCCACAUAUGAAGAGGCCAAAGUGCAGUCACAAUACUUUCAACGCCACAGUUCUCCUCAGCAGCAGCAGAGCAGCCAGGCCCAGCAGCCGUUGGGUCCUACUUUUUAUGUCCCCGGUUUAAGCGGAACCAAAGUUCGCACCGAAGGUCGCCCAACUCUUCAGCGUGUCAGCGGUACAGGGAAGAUUCACCAAGACGAUGGACUCAAAGAUCUAAAGCAAGGACAUGUGCGUUCUCUCAGUGAGCGACUGAUGCAGCUCUCAUUGGCUACCAGUGGAGUGAAGGCCCAUGCUCCUGUAAGCAGCACGCCACUCUCACCGCAGCUACCACAGUCCGGACCGCCUGGAGACUGCUACAAGCCACAGCAUCGUGGCCCACCCCCAGACUAUCCCUUUAAAGGAAUGUGUUCUCCGGGCGGUAAUCCAGAAUCUGGAGGACACUAUUAUCAGGAGCGUAGAGAAAGGGAUUACUCAAGGGAGGUUCCGACUGUUCGAUAUCAGCCUCCCCCGGAAUAUGGCUCUUUCAGAUCCAGUAAGGAUGGGUCAGUUCACUACCAGAGAUCCCUCAACCAGCACAGUCCCACCUCCUCUGUCACGUCCAUUGGAUCUCUGUCUCGUGCCCAGUCCUCCACUCUCAGCAGCAUGCUUUCUGCCUCGCACUCCUCACACCCGUCCAUUCCUCACCAGCCACCUGCAAGCCAGGGAGAGGGUUACCCGAUGAUGGCGUCCCGCGGUCCACAGGGCGCAGGCUAUCAUCAAGCAGCAGAACCUUUUCCCCAGGGACCCGUCCAUCAGACAGCUCAAAGGGGUCAUGGCUUUCCCUCUGAUUCUUAUGGCUCCAGUCCAAGGUUGCACCACCAUCAGCAACACAAUCAGUGUCAACAGCAGCAGCAGCACCAGGGACCUCCACAGGCCCAGCUGUCUCUGCAGACAGGACAUUUCCCCCAGCAGCACUCCUACUUACAGCUCCAGGGGGAGCCUUUUGCAGUGAUGGCGCGGGCCCAGCAGAUGGUCGAUGUUCUAACAGAGGAGAACAGGACUCUGAGACAGGAGAUGGAGGCUUGUCGUGAGAAGGUCAGCAGGCUGCACAAGUUGGAAACAGAGAUACAGCUGGUGUCAGAGGCCUAUGAAAAUCUGGCCAAGUCGUCCUCUAAGAGGGAAGCCUUGGAGAAAACCAUGAGGAACAAGUUGGAGCUGCAGGUUCGCCGACUGCAUGACUUCAACAGAGACCUGCGAGAGCGCAUGGAGACGGCCAACAAACAGCUGGCCUCUAAGGAGUGUGACAGCUCUGAGGACAAUCGCAAAACCAUCUCCCAGUUGGUUGCUCAGAAUAAAGAAAUUAUGCGGGAGAAAGAGAAACUGGAGAUGGAGCUGAAUGCUGUUCGCUCAACUGCAGACGACCAAAGGAGGCACAUUGAGAUCAGAGAUCAAGCCCUGAACAAUGCUCAGGCUAAAGUGGUUAAGCUUGAGGAGGAGCUUAAAAAGAAGCAAGUUUAUGUGGAGAAAGUGGAGAGGAUGCAACAGGCUCUGGCUCAGCUUCAGGCAGCGUGUGAGAAGAGAGAACAACUGGAACAUCGCCUUCGUACCAGACUGGAGAGAGAGCUGGAGUCUCUACGUCUGCAGCAGCGUCAAGGAAGCUCACAGAACAGCGCUUUGGGGACAUCAGAGUACAACGCUGCAGCCCUAAUGGAACAUCUAAGGGAGAAGGAGGAGCGCAUUCUGGCUCUGGAGGCGGACAUGACCAAGUGGGAGCAAAAGUAUUUGGAGGAAAGUGUGAUGAGGCAGUUUGCUCUGGAUGCUGCAGCAUCUGUUGCUACGCAGAGGGACACGUCUUUGGCAGGAAUCAACCACUCUCCAAGCAGCAGCUAUGAAACAUCUGUGGAGGCUCGAAUUCAGAAGGAAGAGGAAGAAAUCCUCAUGGCCAAUCGUCGCUGUUUGGACAUGGAGAGCAGGAUAAAGAACCUCCAUGCCCAGAUCAUUGAGAAAGACGCCAUGAUAAAGGUUCUUCAUCAGCGUUCCAGGAAGGAGCCCGUUAAGUCUGAAGCGCCAUCGGCCAUGCGGCCUUCUAAGUCGCUGAUGUCCAUCUCCAACACUGGUCCAAGUGGUUCAGGACUGCUUUCACACAACCUUGGCCUGAGCAGCUCCCCGAUCACUGAGGAGCGCAAGGACAGCAACUGGAAGGGCAGCCUUGGAGUUUUACUGGGUUCUGAGUGUCGCACAGAGUCUCUACGGACAGAAUCCAUCUCAUCGUCCCCUUCCCCGGUGCUUUCUACCACCCCCAUGACUGCAGGCCACUCAAAGAGCGGCAGCAGGGACAGCAGCACGCAGACAGACAAGGGUCAGAACCAGGGGAGCAGUAAGCCCAGUCCUUCUGUCCUGCAGAGUAUGACGCUGCCUGCCCGCCUAUCCAGCCCCAGCCCAGUUUACAUCCCGGAUCGCUUAGCAGAAGUUCCAGUAUUUAACAGCAGCACCUUUGAGCGGAGGUUCCCCAUGCAGUCCCAUUCACAGCAGCAGGCUUUGGCUCCAGCAGGACAACAAGAGGCAGACAGCGACGUCGUUGAGAUCCUCAUAUGAAGUCGUCUCAGGAUUAGAAGAAGAACAAUUUCAGCAAAGAAGUGAUUGGAUGGCAGCUUCAUCACAGGACUUCAUUAUUUUCUGUGUCUAGAGCUCCAUCUUAGACCAUUCAGUCGUUAGUCCAAGUUCUACAAGACGUAACUGCUUCGAAAACAGGCCUGAAACCAUUUCAGCCUUUCUUUCUUGUUGUUUUGGUGUUUUGUUCUGUUUGUUCCUUUUCUACCGUCUUACCCGCAGUAAUUGAGAAAUAUGUACAAGUCUUGAAGAAAAAUGAAUAAUUGCACAAUGCUGAGAAGCAGGAUCUCUGCCCCACCUGGAUGGAGUUAUCUGGGAUUUCUGUAUAAUUUCUUCCAAAAUAAUGUCUUAAAAAACAAAAUUUUUGGAUUCAACUGUACAGGAAAUGUAUAACCGUGAUGUCGAGCUUCCCAGCAGAAUUACUUCUCAUCUUUAACAAAAAAUUAUGUAAA